AGUUUACACUGUAACUAUUCUACCAUGACCAUUUUUUAAAGCAUUUAUCGAUUAGUAGGGUAUAUGUAAUCCUAGUUAAGACCCGACAUAUAAACAGAAAUAUGGAUACAAUCUUGAACGAAAUCAACAUAGAAAUGGGAUCUUUUAAUAUAUAUCAAUAUAUAGACACAGACGAACAAUACAGAGGAGAAAAUCCUACGGAUAUUUUAACUAGAAUAGAAGCGAUGAACUACAUAGCAAUAAUCUUAAGCACGCUAAGUUUUUUCAUGUCCUUCCAUAUGAUUUUCAUGAUCGUAGAUAUAGGCAGAGAGAUUAAAAAGUGUAAAGAGUUAACAAAUGAAUUGCAGUCCACUAUAGACAUCAUAUGUAAGGGAAAAAAUAUCCAAAACAACAACACAAAUGCGGUGAGUGAAUCGGUUCGACAGAAUAUUCAGUUGCUAGAAACAGAUCUUAUGGUAUUCGAGUCAAACCUCGUAGACGAGCUGCAGACAAAUGCGAUUUUUUCUGAGGAACAAACAAAAACGAUGAAGCUGAGGAAUAGAUCUGACCAGGCGCAUUUCUUUGCCGAAACUUUAGAAGUAAUGGAUGAUAGGAAUUUUCUUCGAGUCGUUGAUAUGUUAAAAAGAUGCUCUUUUAAACAUAUCGCUUGUUCAUUGCAAUCAUCUUAUGAAGACUUAAGCGGGACUCAAGUAUUGGCUAUUACAAGCCAUCCAAAAUGCCCCAUUUGCCGUUUGAGAUCCGAAGUUGAUAUAAAGGAUCUGCGAAGUGGGCUGAAAAGGGAGGAACUUCUUCCCUAUAGACUUUAUAUCGAUAUCAAUAGGUGUCUCGCUGAAAAGGGUCAACAGGACUAUCUUUGGAAAAAAUUACUCGGUCAUCUUAAGUAUUUUGAAAGCGAGUCUGUGGAAAACAAAUUUAUUAAGAUGUUUGACACGCCAAGACACCAGGGAUUAUACGAAUGCUUUAUGCAAAAAUUCCCAACUCACUUUGAAUGUUCUUGUGUGCCUAGAUUUUAGUUUAUGUCUUAAAUACCAAACUACAGUGGUAAAAGAAUUUAUUUUGGUUUUAUCUUUUUUAUGAUUGCGACACAAUUGCAGUAUUAAUCAAUAGGUGUAAUAAAAACAUUACCGUGAUGGUAUUCCUUUGUAUUUGCAGUUUGCAAUUUUAACUUAAGCAGUCCAAAUUAUUAAGCAUUCGGUUUGUCUCCGGUAAAUCAACAAAUUCAUAGGCCCAAUCACUAUAAU